AUGGUCACUAUAGGCCAAAUUCAGUUGCUUAAUGGAUGGAAUUAUAAGAAGUGGAGAAACCAAGUUGAAUUUUAUCUGUCUAUGCAUCAAAAUAUGGAUCUUUGCUUGAUUGAGGAACAGCCAUUAGAGCUAGACACUGAGAGCACAGAAGAAGAUAGAAAAUACUAUAAGGAGUGGUAUAGCGCCAAUAGGAAAGCCAAAAAUGUGAUAAGAACUUCAAUGUCUGACACAGUUAGGGGCUCGAUCAUUGAGCCAGAGCUUGCCAUGGAUUUUCUAGAAGCCAUAGGAGAUAAAUAUCAGGAGAGUGACAAAGCUGAGGCAGGUAGGCUAUCCAAAAGAUUUAAUGAGCUGGAGUUUUCAGGAAAAGGAAGUGUGAGGGAGCACAUUAUGGAGCUAAUUGACCUCAACUCGAGGUUGAGGGAUUUAGACAUGGGAGUUAAAGACUCUCAGGUAGUGCAUGUGGCACUUCAGUCAUUGCCUAACACCUACAGUAACCUGAGAACCUCCUACCAUGCCCAAGAGUCUAACUGGGAUUUGAACAAGUUAAUUUCUAUCUGUGUAGUAGAGGAAGAGAGAAUCAGGAAGGAAGGCAGACCAGCUACUGCAGUCAACCUAGUUGAGAAGCCUAAGUGGAAGAAACAGAACAUACUUAAGGCCAAGAAGACUACCACCACUAAAGGCACAUGA